CCCCCUUCCCCAUCUCUUUGCUAAGCCCUCUUAAGCUUCAGCCUCAUUCCUGUUUUUUCAAUUCCCAAAAACAAAAAAAACAAACACACCUAAAACCCUUCUGUUUUUCAUAAUCCCUCUUUCUUCACUCUCUUUUCCAUUAUGAAAACUCUUCACAACUACAAUUCCCUUCAAAAACAAGGCAUUCUCACCAUUCUCCCUUCCUCCGAUCACCAUUACCCUUCACUUCCUCCCCCUUCCUUGAGGAGAACUCUUUCCGCCGAUAUGUCUUCCACCAAAUGGUGUUCCCCCAUCAAAAAGAUUCCUUCUUCCCAAGCAUUCCAUGACAACAGCAACAACAACAAGAUUGACUCUUCAAAACAUGGGGUUCAUGAUUCUGUUCCUUGGUCUUCAAUUCUCCUUCACAACUCUGUUUCUGAUGAUCCUCCUAAAUCGCCGGUUGUUGCUGCUCCUUAUGUUCAUCCUCUUCUCAAAAAAACUUCUCACUCUCUUAGUGAUAUCAGUCUUCAGAUUUGUACUGAGUCUCUUGGUUCUGAAACCGGCUCUGAUGGCUUCUCCUCCUACCCUUCUUCUGAGGAUGGAGAUUUUGAUAGACUCAUCACGGAAACGGACUACUCUGAAAUCGACACUUUUGAAUGGAAGCCUGUCAAAUUUUCCCGGAAAAAAUCGCCGCCGAGGUCUUUUCCGCCGCCAAUUUCUUCUCUUGAUUCCCCUGAUGGUGUGUCUAUCUGCAUUCAGUCUCGCCGGGAAGAUGGUCGAUUGAUGCUCGACGCUGUCUCUGUUCCGUCGAGGAAAAACUUUCGUGCUGAACGGAGAGAUGGUCGUUUAAUUCUCUCUUUGUUUAGAACUCCGGAAAAUUUAUUGGUUAACGAAGAAGAAGAGUUGGAAGAAAUGAUUGCUGGGGAGUUUGAGGAAGUGAAAGAAUCGGAGAUUGUUGAAGUGGGUAAUGAUGAGAAUGUUUUGGAAGUCGAGGAAUUGGAAAUUCCGAUAGAGAAAACUCCGAGAUUGUCGAGCUCUGUUAUGAAUUUCCACCGGUUAACGAAUAUGAUGAAGAAGACUAAUGGAUUAAUCAAUCGGAAUCCGGCAUGGCCAAAAGAAAAAGAUGCUUCAGAGACACCAACUACUCCACUCUCCCAAUCACUUCCACCGCGUCCGCCGUCGCUCACGGCUGCAACAGCAGGAACUUUUCUGAAUGCAUACGAAUACUACUGGAGAUCAAAACCCACCGGAAAAUCAGCCGGAAUUCAAAACCCAAAUGGCCAACAACAAACUCAAAUAACCCGUAAACUAAUUUCUUCCAACAACCAAAUGGCGGAUGAGAAACAACAAAUUUUAGUUCUGAAAGGAAACAGAGGAGAUUAUUUAGUUCCAUUGUCGAAUGGUUGUAAAGUUCCAAGAAGGUCUGUUCUUCUCCGGGAGCCGUGUUGCAUUGCCACCACCUAAACCACCAUCAACGUUCACCGGAAAAACCCCUAUCCAAAUCCUCCAUACAUAUUAAUUCUGAAAAUUGUUAAAUCUCAGCCAUUUCUUUACCUAUUCACUCAAAAAAAAGCAAUAACAGAGAGGCUAUCGAAGAAGACGAUAGAAAAUUAUCUCAAAUUAUUAGCAAAAUUUUACAAAAUUAGAGAAAUCAAAGUGGGAAAAAACAGAAAAUGACCCAAAAAAGAGCAAAGAAAAAAAAAGGAAAAAAAAAAAAAAGUGUACAUUAUGAUUUGAUUUUUAAGUUUGUGAGAUGUCUCAAAGCUGAACUAAAUCAUAGGCUGAUCUUUGACCCAGUGGACUGUCCUCUUGUCUGUCCCAUACAUUUUUAUGGGUUUUUUUUCUUUUCUUUCUAAUAACUCUUUCUUUCUUUUUUGCCUUUGGUUAUGAUGAUCUAACCAAUGGGGUUUAAUUAUGAGUCAAGUCUGUAUCAAUUGGUCUUCCAUUUUUGCAACAUCAUAAUCCAACACUGAUUAUGGGGUUGCUUUACUUUCCUAUACUAAGGUUUUUCCCUUUUGAAUUCA